AUGCAGGAAAUGCUCACAUUUUGUCGCCUCUGUCUGUGCCAGGAUCGGUGCUUAGUAUCUUUGGCCGCGGUCGCUGAAUCUUCAUUCUCCGUUCAGGAUCUCGAACGGAUAGCGGGCGUACGAGUGCCAGAAGACGAAUGCUCGUUCUACAGCAUCUGUGUGCAGUGUACCAAGACUGUAGAAAACACACUGUCCUUCCGCCGGUCAUGCCAGGAUAAUAAUAUACUGUUCCGCCAACUAUUCGCGGAGGCCGCAAAUGAUCACCUGUGUUCCGGAUCUCCAACUGAACUGUUGACGGAGGGCCCCAAAGUGAAGGCGUUUCAGAUGAUGGUGGAAUUCGUUCUGCCAAACAUGGGACCAACCAUCGUUGGUGAGCCCGGUGACUUUGCCGAAACAACAUUCGAAGCCACCGAUUUUAAGUGCAAGGAGCUCACCGAAGAAACUGGAAGUAAAGAAUCUUCCAACGAGUACCAAGGUACUGACGCUACCUCAGUUACUAGUGCCGCUGAAGAAGGGAACGAAAGAAGCAAGCGUGAAGACACACCCGAUCGUUCAUCGAACUCUCUGUCCGGAUCGCGACCGAAGCGACUUUGCAACGUAUGCGGAGCCAUGGUGUGCGAUAUACGAGGCCAUACCCGAGCGCACACACAGCAAACCUUGUUCCCUUGCCCUCAUUGCCCCAAACAAAUGACUACCAAGGGAAACCUUUCGAGCCAUGUGCACACAGUCCACGAGAAGCGGAUAAUCAAAUCAUGCCAAAAGUGUGACCUCGGAUUCACCACCAAAAACUCGUACCAAUCGCACAUGAGAACCCACCACGACGCAGGCAGGCCAUACUUGUGCCAGGUGUGCCUCAAACAGUUCAAGCAUCCCUCGAACUAUCGGGACCACACGAACCGGGCGCACUCGAAGCACACGAACUUCGAGUGCACAUUUUGCGGGAAAAGGUUUAAAGCUAUGAAAAUACUCCGGAACCACCUGAUGGUGCAUUCCAGCGAUAGACCUUACGCGUGCAGCCACUGUCCCAAGCGGUUUAAGUCGUCGUACGCAAGAAAAACGCACGAAAUAACGCACAGCGGAACUGUGUUCCCUUGCUCCCUCUGCGUCAAGGUGUAUCGAUACAAAAGUGUGCUCAAAGAGCACUACAAAAAAGCGCACGCCGAAAUGUAA